GCGGCGAGGCCAAUAUGGCUUCCUGCACCUGGUGACGGUUGAAGACACUGUGUUCGGUCUCAUGGAGAAGCCCAGGGGUGUCGAGGAGACUCCAACUUCAGAACCAAUGGAGGAAGAAGAGGAAGAUGACGACUUGGAGCUCUUUGGUGGCUAUGACAGUUUCCGAAGUUAUAACAGCAGUGCGGGCAGUGAGAGCAGCUCCUACCUAGAGGAGUCAAGUGAAGCAGAAAAUGAGGAUCGGGAAGCAGGGGAGCUGCCCACCUCCCCACUGCAUUUGCUCAGCCCUGGGACUCCCCGCUCCUUGGAUGGCAGUGGUUCUGAGCCAGCUGUCUGUGAGAUGUGUGGUAUCGUGGGUACAAGGGAAGCCUUCUUCUCCAAGACCAAGAGAUUCUGCAGUGUCUCCUGUUCCAGGAGCUACUCCUCCAACUCCAAGAAAGCCAGUAUCUUGGCUAGAUUACAGGGAAAACCACCAACCAAGAAAGCCAAGGUCCUGCACAAGGCCGCCUGGUCUGCCAAAAUUGGAGCCUUCCUCCACUCUCAGGGGACGGGACAGCUAGCAGAUGGGACACCGACAGGGCAAGAUGCGCUGGUCUUGGGCUUUGACUGGGGGAAGUUCCUGAAGGAUCACAGUUACAAGGCUGCUCCUGUGAGCUGUUUUAAACACGUCCCUCUCUAUGACCAGUGGGAGGAUGUGAUGAAGGGGAUGAAGGUGGAGGUGCUCAACAGUGACGCUGUGCUCCCCAGCAGGGUGUACUGGAUCGCCUCUGUCAUCCAGGCAGCAGGGUACCGGGUGCUGCUACGGUACGAAGGCUUUGAAAAUGAUGCCAGCCAUGACUUCUGGUGCAACCUGGGAACCGUGGAUGUCCACCCCAUUGGCUGGUGUGCCAUCAACAGCAAGAUCCUGGUGCCCCCACGGACCAUCCACGCCAAGUUCACUGACUGGAAGGGCUACCUCAUGAAACGGUUGGUAGGCUCCAGGACGCUCCCCGUGGAUUUCCAUAUCAAGAUGGUGGAGAGCAUGAAGUACCCCUUUCGGCAGGGCAUGCGGUUAGAGGUGGUCGACAAGUCCCAGGUGUCACGGACCCGCAUGGCCGUAGUGGACACAGUAAUCGGGGGUCGCCUGCGGCUCCUCUAUGAAGAUGGUGACAGUGACGAUGACUUCUGGUGCCAUAUGUGGAGCCCCCUGAUCCACCCAGUGGGUUGGUCACGGCGUGUCGGCCAUGGCAUCAAGCUGUCAGAGAGGCGCAGUGACAUGGCCCACCAUCCAACCUUCCGGAAAAUCUACUGUGAUGCUGUUCCUUACCUGUUCAAGAAGGUUCGAGCUGUCUACACGGAAGGCGGUUGGUUUGAGGAGGGGAUGAAACUGGAGGCCAUUGAUCCCCUGAAUCUGGGCAACAUCUGCGUGGCAACCAUCUGCAAGGUUCUGCUGGAUGGCUACCUGAUGAUCUGUGUGGAUGGGGGCCCCUCCACAGAUGGCUCAGACUGGUUCUGUUACCAUGCCUCCUCCCACGCCAUCUUCCCAGCCACCUUCUGCCAAAAGAACGACAUUGAGCUCACUCCCCCAAAAGGCCACGAGCCACACACUUUCAACUGGGAGACCUACUUGGAGAAGACCAAGUCAAAAGCGGCUCCAUCGAGACUCUUUAACAUGGACUGCCCCAACCACGGCUUCAAGGUGGGCAUGAAGCUGGAGGCCGUGGACCUGAUGGAGCCCCGGCUCAUCUGCGUGGCCACAGUGAAGCGGGUGGUGCAUCGGCUCCUCAGCAUCCACUUCGAUGGCUGGGACAGCGAGUAUGACCAGUGGGUGGACUGUGAGUCCCCGGACAUCUACCCCGUCGGCUGGUGUGAGCUCACCGGCUACCAGCUCCAGCCACCCGUGGCUGCAGAGCCGACCACACCUCUGAAGGCCAAAGAGGCCACGAAGAAGAAAAAGAAACAGUUCGGGAAGAAAAGGAAAAGAAUACCACCCACCAAGACCCGGCCCCUCAGACAGGGGUCCAAGAAGCCCCUGCUGGAGGAUGACCUGCCGGCUGCAGAGAAGAUCUCGUCAGAGCCCGUUCCUGAUGAGAUCAUUGCUGUGCGUGUGAAGGAGGAGCACCUUGACAUGGCCACGCCUGACAAGGCCCCCAGUCCAGAGCUGCCUGUUCCCAUCAAGAACAUCAAACAGGAGACAGACGACUAAGCCUUCCCCACUGCCAGCUGGCCACCUAGCUGGAAGCCAGCCCAGGCCCCUCUCUUGCCCCCACCCCACUUUACCUUGGAGCCUGAGCCUUUUUGCAUAGACUCUGCCUGGUGCCGCGAGGGUGAGGGCUGGGCACUGAGGGAGCAGCUGGGGGCUCCUUUGACCUGCCCUGUUGCCUCUGCCCUCCUCUGUGGCAAGGCCUACGUGACUGGGGCUGCCUGAGGCCCCCAAACCUGUCUGAGCAACUGCCUCUCCAGCUAGAAUUCCCAGAGCGCUCCCUUACGGUAUCCUCCUCUGCACCCACCAUAUCCCUCAAUUGCCAGGGGUGGCGGGCUGCCCCCUAGUCACACUGGAAGACAGUGAGUGAAGUGUGUGUGCGUGCGCAUGCCCAAGCAAGUCAUCUAAAGGCCCGGAGCAGCUCUCUUGAGGGGGAGAUAGUCACCUAUGCUUGCUGGACGGGGUGCUGACUGGGUUUGUGCAGGGCCUGGGCUGUUUGGUGUCAUCCCAAAGAUGGAGCAACAAGCCCAAGGGGAGUCGAUUUCCAGCUGGUUCAGAGAGAACUUGAUCCUAUCUCCUUUGCUAAAGGCACUAGGCAGCCUCACAUGGUGCAGAAACGAGGCCCAGACAGCAGCCUGUUGGUGCAGCCUGAAUUCUCCAAGAAGUGACUGGGUUUGGAUGACAGUGAAGACCGAGGAUAGAGGCAGGUCUCAGGACAGGGGCCGUGCCUCUCCCCACCAUUACACACACACCCCACCCCAGACUUGAGCAGUGACGGGUCAGUGAGCCCCCAGGGGAGGACCGUGGCCUGCUCAUGGAGCCCUGCUUCUGCUGAGGGUGACGUGCCUGGUUAAACCAGUGCAUUGUCCUGGCUGCCCUUGCAGUUAAGGGAUCCAGUUCUGGCUGAAGAGCUUCUGGGAAAACUGGACUCUUGCACUUUGGCCUUUAGUUCCCUCCUGAAUGAAGAAGCCAUGCGUACAGGUGCUUUGGGCACAGAAGCCCCAGCAUCCGGAUGGCAGAGGUGGAAGACAGGUUUAGCUGCCCUUCCAGCCCUGGACUGGCUCCCCAGACUUCUUGUCUGAGACAAUUAAAUCCCCCCCUUGCUGAAGUUCAGUUUGUCAUAUUUCUGUUCCUUACAGCAGAGUGUAUUCUGAUAGGCCACCUCAUAGUAUCAAUUAUGAAGGUUAAGUGAAUGCAAUGUGAAGGUGUGUGCAGAACAAUAAAGAAUAAAUGUCGCCUGUCAUCUGAGCGCCCUGUCUCCAUAGCAA